CCUUCUUGCAGCACAGAUCCGCCACGGAAGAUCAUUCCUCCAAUGAAUACUUCUAUAGCAGUAUCUAGGACUUCGUCGAACUAAACGAAAAUCAAAAUUUCUUGUCACGCGAAGCAGCUUGUUGAUCAUCUUGUGGCCAUGGAAUGUGAUAUUGACUCUGCAUACUAAAACGUGUAAAAAGAACAGCGAUCAGUGUAACCACGCGUGAGAACUUCUUCAUACUUGAAAAAUCCGUGUCAAUGUUAAUAGAUGAAGAUGAAGAUCCUUAUAAGAAAUUCAAAUGUGGCGAUCUUCAGUUGGUGGUGCAAAUUUUUAUCAUCGAUAAAUUGGUGCAUAUUUUAUUAGUUGAUCAAGAAAUAAACUGCAGCCUUUCCUCUCGACGAUGUUGUCCUGGUGACAUUCAUUCGAAUUGGAAUAGGUUUUGCCGGCGUCUGCAUCCGCAGAAUCAUGAAGUAGACAAGACCAUUUUUAGAAGUGACACGCGGAGCAAGAAUCGUUUGUCCUGGUGCAGCCGGCACGACUACAUCUACUCUGUCUAAUAAUAUCUGCACAGGUCUACCUACAUGGUAUUAUCUCUCGUCGCGCAAGAAAUAUAGAACAGAACAAGCGAAUAGAAGUUGUACGGAAACUGUUUCUGUAUCUGGAGCGACCUAACGAUCCUUCGAAGACAAGAUUUUAUAUACCCUUGUUUAUUCCAUGUUAUGAUGCGGAGCAACAGCAAUUUUAAUACCGAAUAAGUUCUUCCUUGCAUGGCAUGCGCGCUAGUACCUUCAACUUCAUCUGUUUUCAUCCAGACUUUUGUUCUUGAAGCACUUUGUAGCGCUGCUGCAGUUUCGCCCCUAGUCGUAUAUCACUGGUCUACAACUCCUAUCUAAGUCUAACCACCAUGCCCCGUGCCGGCAACAAGCGGAAGAAGACCCGCACGCACAAGGUCGCGGCUGCGGGCGAGGAAGAGACGCGCAAGACGCCAAAAUGCUUUGUCGUGAAGAAGGGCAAAGUGGAUAAAACGCUCCAGGAGCUGGUCCAGGACUUUCGGCACGUGUGCGCUCCGAACUCGGCCCUGAAGCUGAAGGAGUCUCGGAUGAACAAGAUGCGCGACUUCGUGAACGUGGCCUCGCAUUUCCACGUGACGCACGUGAACCAAUUUAGCCAGAACACGGAUUACUGCUACUUCAAGAUUGGCAAGCUGCCCCAGGGCCCCACCCUGACCUUCGUGCUGAAGGAGUUCACCACGUGCAAGGACGUAAAGAGCUUCCAGAAGAAGCCCCGGGACGCAUCCAAGGACUACCUGCAGCCGCCUUUGUUGUUGUUGAACGGCAUGCGGUUGCAAGAUGUUGUUCCCGAAGAUAUUGCUGCACAGGAGGAGGCUGGUGUGGAUGCUGCGGGGAACAAGAACAGUAGUUGCGCUACUAGCAGUGGGACCACCACGUCGACCACACGACCAACAAGUACAACCUCCGCAUCUUCUAACUCUACGACGUCCGCCGCCAGCCUGCACCUGGUCGCCACGGCGCUCAAGAACAUGUUUCCAGCGGUCGACGUGAACACGUUCUCCACGAAGCGGUGCCGUCGCGUGGCCUUGUUCAACUACGACCAGAAGAAGCAGCUGCUCUACUUCCGGCACUACGGAAUCGUCGAGAACCACGCCGCGGACGUGUCGCGCACUGUGCAGAAGCUGAUGAAGCCGACCUUUGUGAACCGCAAGAAGGACGUGUGUAACUACCUGUUGAAUCAGGGCGCGGGCGGGUGCGACUCAGACAGCGAGGGUGGGGAGUCCAUGCUGCUGGAAGAGACCGCCCCGGGCUGGACGACGAGAAGGAAACAGGGGGACGCGGAAAAUUAUGGUACGAGUUGGUGUUGUGUUGACCUAGUACAAGUUGUACUGUACAACCAGAACGUAGUUUGUUUUCUAGUAGUUGCUCUCUGUUCAAAUUCCGCCGCGCGGUGGUUUUUAAAUCAGGAGGGGAGCAGCUGCGGCCAGUAUUACUUACUGACGCUGCGUCGAUCCGAGGGAGUUGUUCUUCGAUCUUCUACUGAGGUAGUUCCACCAAGAUGUUGAACCACGGGGCAGAAGGCAGCUUCCAGUAGUGCUAAUGCGUAGUGAAGAUGAGAAGUAGUGCAUCAACAUUCAUGAAGGGCAACUACUCAAUGAGCAGAGACGUUCUCGCUACUUAAUGUACUAUCUUGCUCACAAGCAAAAAAAACGUAUGUAACCACGACAUAUCGUCGGCCCACCACGCCAAAAUGAAUUCAGGGGCAGAGGAUGCGGCACGCCGCAAGAAGAACUCCGUGGCGGUGAAACUGGUGGAGAUCGGGCCGCGGAUGACGCUGAAAUUGCUGAAGGGCGAGACGGGGUUUUACGAGGGCAGUAUCCUGUUUCAGGAGUUCCUGCAAAAGACCGCGCGGGAACAGGCGCAGGUGGCAAAGCGCAUGCUGGACGCGGAAAAGCAGAAGACGCUGAAACAGGAAAAACUGGAAGCGGACCAGCAGCACCGGGAGCAGCUGCGCGCGAAGCGGGAUAUGCAUCGCAAAUAUUCAUCUAGGUCUGGAAUAAAGUUGGGAAGAUGCAUGUCAGCGAUGAAUAGUUUGAGCGCACUGAAGUACUAUUCCACGUGCGCCACGACCAAGCAUGACAUAUUUUUUCGCGGUCGUUCUGCUUUGCGUAUAAUUUCGCAUGAGACACUACAGCGUCUUAUGACAGACAACACGAGGUCCUCCUGGUGCCCACGCAAGAAAAAUUAUGUAUACAGAGCUCAGAGUCCGCGACCUGCCAAACUAGCAUGUUGACCACAGAUGAUCUCGCAAUGUACUUCCAGAGAGCCAGUGCCAGACAUGAUAUUUGCAAUCCAUACAGGAGCAAUUCGAGCAACGAAAGCAGGACCGCGUCGUCAAGCGAAUCGGAGGGGAAGAAGAAGACGAGGAGGACGACGAUGUCGAUAUGAUCGAAGGAGCCGACGUAGACGGGACGAGAGCAACCUCUUCCGCCUCAACAACCAAUGGCUCUAAAAAUACGACAAGUAGGGCGAAGUUUAACCCCUUCUCGUGGUCCCGCAAGAACAAAAAAGAAGGGUCUUCAACAGCAUCUACUGCAGGAAACCCGGGAACGGUGGAAAUCAACAGCGCCACGACUUCUAAAGCGAACAAAGGAGGUAAGGGAAAUCAAACGAUGAAACAACAUCCAAAGAUGGACAAGAAGAAGCUUUCGGUGUUAGACAAAUGGAAAAAAUCAUCCUCUGGUACAACCCAAAAGAACAACGCGGCGAGUGGAAAUAAAAUGAACCAGAAGAGCAGAACAACUUCGAAGCCGAUGCAAAAGCACGAGAAUAAAAAAAGCACGCGGAAAGGACGGGGAAGGGAAAAAGCAAAAGCGGUGGCGGGAGAUGCGGCAAGUGGAGCAGGUGGCGAGUAAGUUGUUCUGUUGUAGUAGAGAACAUCAUGAGAACAUCAAGGCGCCAAUUCUUAUCUUUCUAUCCAGCACAAUCUCUGUUUGCUGUCCGCCCCGAAAGCAGAGACAUGUGCGGAUGGCAUACUAGCCCACGUAGAGACAGUUGCAGUAGAGCACAUGCCUACAAGGAAACAAACAUUAAGAAUAAGAUCAAGUGCUGUCUCCAUUUUGUCUCUGCGCGACCCGCUGUGCUCAACUACAUAUGCCCAUUUUAAUGGCCGAUAGUCACACUGAGCAACAUCUUCAUCAAGC